AGGAAGAGUAUAGUAUUGAGGUUAGAUAUACUAGCAUCGUUCUGAAUGGAUUCAGCUACGUUUCUUAUUCCCAGCUACAUCUCUCUUUCACUUCCCUCUCCCAAUAAGAAGGUUUCUCUACCAUGCCAGGCCCAAGCCACACUUACCCUUUCUUGAUGUCUCCUGCUGAUCGGUCACGCGAUAUGGUCUAAUAGCAGGGACCUACCCCUUCUGCAAGGUGUCGUACAGCAUCUGAGGCACUUACUUUCGAACCUCCUCUUCUUCUUAAACAUCAUCCUGCCUCUUCCAUCAUCAAUCAAUCAACACCAUCAGUCAAGAUCACUCUACUCUCGCAGAUAUCAAUCCCUCAAUCCAUCCUACACACCUUCAACCAUAAACAUCUCACCUCCUUCAUCAGUAAGUAGGACCUCGAAGCUUGUUGUGGUUUUUACCCCUCCUUCGCCGGUGCUCCCGUGCCAACUCCAACCUCGAUUAUAUACUUACUUACCAUCAAUUGAACAGUGGGAAAGACACACAAGAUGAACGACCGUGACCAUGCCGGUCUUGCAGACGGCACUGCUCUCCCAAUCGAGCAUCUACCACGCUACUUCGCCAAGUCAGGCCACGCCGACGCUGACCCAAAGAAGUCCAAGAAGAACGGAGCAGGUAAAGGCGGAUGGUAAGCCCUAUUCUCCCGUCCCCUUCUAUGUAAACAAACCUACUAACAAACACCUCAGGGGUGUCAGCGGCGAGGAAGUCCAAGACGAGGGAUUCAAUCUCAAUAACGCCCGUCGUCGCUCCAACAGCAGCAGCUACACCGCCGGCCUCAAGGACUUCAAAACCAAAUUUGAACACAUCGAAGCCGACCCCGUCUUCGAGGAGGAUCUCCACGGCGCGGAGGAGGACACACCCGUCAGACGUGUCAACACGGAUAGCUCUGCUAGCAGCGUUGACGAGGAGGAACACAAGAAAUAAAUCUUCACCAUGCAAUCUUGUCAUUGAUUGGUCGGGGGAUCUAGCGGUCAUGUUAUACCUUUGCUAUGCAGGCAUUGCAUCCGAAAUUGAGGGUCUCGAAUAGGCGAUGGAUGGCGGUAUCUUUUUUCUCUUUUUCAAACCUUUGCUUACGAAAUGAAUGGCCUAGCGACGUUAUGGGUGGGAGUGAGAAGAUAGUUGAACUGGAACUGGUGGAUAUAAAGACCAGCAUGUACUGUACGAUUACCUAGCUCCUAGCUACUCAAAGGCAUAGAGGAAUUUGCCCAGUAAAAAGUAAAAACCACAGACUAUCCC